AUGCCAUCCCAGGAGGAGUACGAGGCAACGCUGGCAGAAGAGCUCGAAGUGCUCGAAAGCAUCUACAUCGACGAACUCGAAAAGAUCUCGCCAGAAGAACUUCACAUUCGCAUCGAACCAGAGGAAGAUGUACUGCCUCUCCUCUUUUCCAUCGGUCUCGAACCAGGGCAAGCACCUACAGAGAGCGUAGAGGAAGGAUCCCCAUCGCCUAUCGUGCUUUCGCUUCACAUCCAGUACACGCCAGAAUACCCAGAUGCACCACCAAACAUGUCGAUCCACAUCAUCCGCGACACAAAAGCGGUUCUCGGGCCUGCCGUUGAUGACGAAGACGAUCCAUCAGAGGACGACUCCACUUCCGCUGACCGUCCAGCGGUAACAGAGCUUCAAGCGGGACUCGACGAAGUAGCCCAAGAUUCCCUCGGCAUGGCGAUGGUAUUUACACUGGCAUCGCACCUGCGCGAGAGCGUUACGACACUCAUCCAACGUCGAGUUCAAGAGAUCGAAACCAAAGCUAGCGCAAAGCGAGAAGCAGAGAUCGAGGCCGAAGCCGAAAAGUUCCGCGGCACCGCCGUCACACCAGAGCGAUUCGCGGAAUGGAGGGUCAAGUUCCUGCAAGAGAUGGCCGAGAAGGAAAAGAAGGAGGAAGACGCCAAAAUGUCGAAAAUGUCGGCAAAGGAGAGGGAAGAUUACAAGAAGAGCAAAGUCAAGCCCAGCGGUAAACAGCUGUUCGAGAAGGGUGGUACGUUUGAGGACGACGAUCCCGCCGAGGAAGGUGUCCAGGAAGUGGAUUGGAGCUUAUACACCCGAGAGCAAAGAGAGCGGGAGAGGAGAGAGCAGGAAGAGCAGGAGGAGUUGCGAAGUCGCACGGACAGUCUCGCCUUUGAUGAAGAGGACGAUGCCUGA